AUGGCUUAUGACCGAUAUGUGGCUAUCUGUGAUCCCUUGAACUAUGGAAGAGUGAUGAACAGGAGGUUCUGUUUCCAGCUAGCAACCAGUGCUUGGACUGGAGGCUUUUUGUAUGGAAUAGUUCACACCAGUUGCACAUUCCUUAUCUCCUUUUGCUCCAAUGUGAUCAAUCAGUUCUUUUGUGAAGUUCCUCAUCUUCUCAUACUUUCAUGUUCUAAUAUGUAUCUUGCUGAAAUUGGAGCUAUUGGUGUUUCUGCUGUUAUAAGUGCAGGUUGCUUUGCCUUCAUAGUUGUGUCUUAUAUUCAUAUUUUCAGAGCAGUAAUAGGUAUGACUUCCAUGGGUGGUAAAAGAAAAAUGUUUUCUACAUGCAUCCCCCACCUCACGGUUGUCUCCUUGUUUUUCGUUCUUGGAAUGUUCGAACAUCUAAAGCCAACCUCAAGUUCUCCAUCAAUCUCGGAUCUUGCUAUUUCAUUAAUGUAUUCUGUGAUACAGCCAACAAUGAAUCCAGUUAUUUAUACCAUGCGGAACAAGGAGAUUAAAGCAGCACUGUUUAAACUCUUUUCCAUUCAUUGUGUUUGA